CCGGGUCAAGACCAUUCGCAAAUAGGUGCACAACCAGAGUCACAUUUCUCUCGCUCCAAGCGGAGGGGCUUUGGGGUCGAGCUCCCUUAAACGCAAGGGAUAGGGAGACGUCGUUUGGGAACGGGCGGUGCGUCGAGAUUGAAUUGUAUUUUUCCAGCUUUCCCCCGCCCGGGAGGAUGGAGGCGGGGUAUACCGGAUGGUGUACUCCGGGAGCCAUGUUGGUUUCCGUUGGACUGAAAGUUGAGGAACAAGUUUAAACCGGGGCGCGAGCGAGAGCGCGAGACAGACAGAGCGGCUGCGCCCCUCCCUGCGCGGGGGACUGCACUGCACUGCCCUGCUCCGCUCCGGAGGGAUCCGCCUGCUCGUUCGACCGUCCGCAAUGUGCCGCAGCUGAGAGGCGAUAGGCCGGAGAGGAGCGGCCGUGAGAGUCGACAAUGAUUUCCAACCAGCAGAGCAGCAACCGGCCCCGGGCCAACAACAUCGGCUCGAUCCUACUGACCCCGCAGGAGAACGAAGCACUCUUCAGCUGCCUCGGAAGGAAAUGCCUGACAUUAUCAUCAGCCGUUGUUCAAGUAUUUGCUGCAGAACGCAGUUCGCAUUGGACAAAAAAGUGCUGUGGAGUCGCCUGCCUUAUCAAAGACAAUCCUCAAAGGUCUUACUUUAUCCGCGUUUAUGAUAUAAAG